CAUGUUUGAAAAGAUGGCAGAUCCCAUUAUGGACCUAUUUGAUGAUCCAUCACUGUUUAAUCUGGAUUCCUUGCCAGAAGACACCUUUUCCCAGGGUUCUUCCGACCCGGUUGAAGAGGCUCUGAAGUUGGCCCUUGGCCAAGUGGAUCACUCGUUAGUUUCAGAUUCAACCCUGGAGACCAGUAUCCCCAGUGUCCUUAGUGACAGUGCCCAAGCAACAGCACCACCACCACCAAUAACCAUCUCUUCUGUUGCUUCUAAGACACAACCAGUAAGUCAGGUGCCGCUUUCAUCCGUCGUUUCAACUUCAGUUCCCAUACAGACAAUACCUCAGACCUCUGUUUCAAUGGUUAGUAGUAGCAGUGGUUCGACUGCUGUUCUUUUGAGUUCCCCUUUGGCAGUGUCAGGGUCUCAAGUUGCUACACAACAGCUGCAACCACAGCAUCUUCUUACACAGCAGACAGCAGGGCAGGCAGCCCCCAAAAUAGUGAUUCUGAAGAGCCCCCAGGGUCAGACCCAAGUACUACAGAGUGUUGCAGGAACAGCAGGCACUCCUGGGAAGCUAACUAUUGCGAGAGUUCUGACUGGCACACCAGUAAGACCUGGAAUGUCAAUUGUUUCAGGAGGGACAGUAUUAAAUGCUACACAGCCUGCACAGGGACAGGUUAAGGUGGGGACAGGUGUCCAGAGGUUGGUCCAGACACCUAAUGGACCUGUAAAGCAGGUGCUUUUGACCUCUUUGCCCCAGACACAUGUCCAGCUGCCUGCACAGACACAGAUUACCCAAGCACAGACAGAGAUGCCGAAGCUGCAGCUUCAGACUCAAGUACAGCCAACCCAAGUCCCGAUACAGGCACAGGUCCAAGAGCAGGUUACUGCAUCGACUGGAAGUACAGUGGCAGCCCAAACGCAAGGUGUCACUUUGUCUACAGUAGCACAACAGGCUGAGCCUAAAAGAAUCACACUGGUGCUGCAGCCACCUUCUCAGGGUGGGACAAACCAGGCUGGCACAGUGACAGUUGCUGGCAAUCCAUCAGCAGGAGUUGGACAACAGGACCAGCAGCCCAGGCUUGUAUUGGGAUCUCUGCCGGGGAAAUUAGUUCUUCAGGGUGGCCAGCUGGCAGCACUUACCCAGGCUAGAGCAGGCCAGACAGGGGCACAACCGAAGGUGCUCACUAUCCAGCUUCAAGUACAACAACAGCCCAACCAGCAGGGAGCAAAGUUUCAGCUACUAUCUGGUACCACAAAUGCAAGUGGCUGCCACCAAGUGGUCCAGGUUUCUCAAGGCCAAGGAGGACAAAGACUGGCAGUGCCUGUUAAACUCCUGCUGCAGCAGCAGACAAGCUCAGCUUCUUGUUCCGGGGGUGCUGUUUCAGUGGUGAAGGUCAUCAAUACCUCAGCUGGAUCUUCUGCUAACUCCACAACUGCCUCACAGGGUUUACGUAUUGUCAAGGCCACUGAGCCCUUGCGGAAAGUUGAGACUCUGUGCAAGCAGGAGAAAGCCAAUCGAAUUGUGGCUGAAGCCAUUGCUAGGGCUAAAGCCCGUGGUGAGCGAAACAUCCCAAGAGUACUCAGUCAAGAUGAAUUUCCCGCUAAACAGACAUCAGCAGACCCAGAUAGUGCUGUAAGUCCAACUGGGGCCAAAAAGAAAAGUGCUGGAGGGAACAAAAAGAAGAGCCCUGCCUUGAGUACAGCCAAUGUGAAAGCUAUAGUUGGAGAAAAGAAAGUAAAGGUGAAAGGUACUGGAUCUGCAGUGAUUGGAGGAGGUGGAAGCUGUAAGAGUAAAGGAAAAACCAAGCCCAACACUAUCACUUUAGUGGGUGGUAAAAAAAGGAAAAGAAAUGCAUCUUCAGACCAUUCCGAUGGAGAACUGAACAAUCCUGCCACACCACUUACACAGGAAGAAAAUUUGUCUCAGAUGAGACGUUCUAAUCGUCAAGUAAAAAGGAAAAAGUACACAGAAGAUUUGGACAUUAAAAUCACAGAUGAUGAAGAUGAGCCGGGUGAAGAUAUUGAUGUGAUCACCCCAGUAGCCGUAUUGUCUACAGGACAUUCUCAGACAUUGGGGACUUCAUUCCAGGAGCUAGAGGGGGAUGGCCUUCCCAGCAUGCAGUUCUUUGUGGAAAACCCAAGUGAAGAAGAUGCAGCAAUUGUAGAUAAAAUUUUGUCCAUGCGCCUUGCUAAAAAAGAGGUAUCUCCAGGCCAAUAUGUCAAUGUGGAGGAAUUCUUUGUCAAAUACAAAAACUACUCAUAUUUGCACUGUGAAUGGGCUACUCUGGAACAACUUGAAAGGGACAAGAGGAUCCACCAGAAGCUCAAAAGAUUUAAGGCUAAACAGUCUCAAAUGCGAACAUUCUUCCAAGAGGAUGAGGAGCCAUUUAAUUCGGAUUAUGUAGAAGCGGACCGCAUCCUGGACGAAUCCCAUAGUGUGGACAAAGAAAAUGGAGAGCCAGUGGUGUACUACUUAGUAAAGUGGUGCUCUCUGCCCUAUGAAGAUGCCACGUGGGAACUGAAAGAAGAUGUCGAUGAAGGGAAGGUGGAGGAGUUUAAAAGAAUCCAGAGUCGGCAACCCAGAAUCAAGAAACCUCCUCGUCCACCUGCAAGUGCAUGGAAGAAGCUGGAACAGUCACGAGAAUAUCUUAGCGGAAACACCCUCCGAGAGUAUCAGCUGGAGGGAGUCAACUGGCUGCUUUUUAAUUGGUAUAACAGGCAGAAUUGCAUUCUGGCAGAUGAGAUGGGUCUUGGUAAGACCAUCCAGUCAAUAGCCCUACUGUCUGAAGUAUUUGCCACUGGAGUCCAGGGACCCUUUCUAGUAAUUGCCCCUCUCUCCACCAUCACAAACUGGGAAAGAGAAUUUUCCACAUGGACGGAAAUGAACGCCAUUGUCUAUCAUGGUAGCUUGGCCAGCAGACAAAUGAUCCAGCAGUAUGAAAUGUAUUGCAAAGAUGAAAAGGGGCACCUCAUUCCUGGAGCUUAUAAGUUUGAUGCUCUGAUCACCACCUUUGAGAUGAUUCUGUCUGACUGCCCAGAACUAAGGGAGAUUUAUUGGCGUUGUGUGAUCAUUGAUGAAGCACAUCGCCUGAAAAACAGAAACUGUAAACUGCUUGACAGCCUCAAGAUGCUGAAUUUAGAGCAUAAAGUCCUGUUAACAGGCACACCUUUGCAGAAUACUGUGGAAGAAUUGUUCAGUCUGUUGCACUUCUUAGAACCUGCACAGUUCCCUUCAGAGAGCGAGUUCCUGCGUGAAUUUGGCAAUCUCAAAACAGAAGAGCAGGUGCAGAAAUUGCAGGCAAUUUUGAAACCCAUGAUGCUACGCAGAUUGAAGGAGGAUGUGGAAAAGAACUUGGCGCCAAAGCAAGAGACUAUUAUUGAGGUGGAGUUGACUGAUGUGCAAAAGAAAUACUACCGUGCUAUUCUGGAGCGUAACUUCAGCUUCUUGAGUAUGGGAGCUAAUCAGAACAGCAACGUCCCCAAUCUUCUUAACACCAUGAUGGAGCUUCGCAAAUGCUGCAACCACCCUUAUUUAAUUACAGGUGCUGAAGAGAAAAUAGUGGCUGAACUUAGGGAGGUGUACAAUGCCUCAGCUCCAGACUUCCAUUUACAGGCCUUGGUACGCUCAGCAGGGAAACUGGUCCUUCUAGAUAAGUUGCUGCCUCGUCUCAAGGCUGGAGGACACAAAGUACUUAUCUUCUCCCAGAUGGUGCGCUGUCUCGACAUUCUAGAAGAUUAUCUCAUCCAUAAGAGAUAUCUCUACGAACGAAUUGAUGGUCGAGUAAGAGGAAAUCUUCGUCAGGCAGCCAUUGAUCGCUUCAGUAAGUCAGACUCUGACCGGUUUGUCUUUCUGCUGUGUACCCGUGCUGGAGGACUGGGUAUUAAUCUCACUGCUGCCGACACAUGUGUUAUAUUUGACUCUGACUGGAACCCACAGAAUGACCUUCAGGCCCAGGCACGCUGCCAUCGAAUUGGCCAAUCCAAGGCAGUAAAGGUUUAUCGUCUCAUCACCAGAAACUCCUAUGAACGUGAGAUGUUGGACAAAGCUAGUUUAAAGUUGGGACUAGAUAGGGCUGUGCUUCAAAGCAUGAGUAGCAAUAAAGACAGUAGCGUCAAUGGGGUUCACCAGUUUACCAAAAAGGAAAUUGAAGAUUUGCUAAGAAAGGGAGCUUAUGCUGCUAUUAUGGAUGAGAAUGAUGAAGGGAGCCGUUUCUGUGAAGAAGACAUUGACCAGAUCCUUCAGAGAAGGGCCACCACCAUCACCAUUGAGAGUGAGGGCAAGGGAUCUACCUUUUCUAAGGCCAGCUUUGUGGCAUCUGAAAAUAGGACUGAUAUUGCUUUGGAUGAUCCAGAGUUUUGGCAGAAGUGGGCUCAGAAAGCAGACAUUGACUUGGACACCAUAAAUAGGAAGAAUACCCUUGUGAUUGAUACUCCACGUGUAAGAAAGCAGACACGACAGUUCUCUUCUCUUCGUGGGGAGGGUGGUGAUCUUUCAGAUUUAGACAGCGAUGAUGAGUAUCCACCCCAAAAUUCUCGCCAGGCCAGAGCCUCACGCCGUGCUGAGCGUCACUCUGGUGGCGGCUAUGGUCGCACUGACUGCUUCAGAGUGGAGAAACACCUGCUGAUUUAUGGAUGGGGACGUUGGAAUGAUAUCCUGUCCCAUGCUAGGUGUAAGCGUCGUCUUGGAGAAAAGGAUGUGGAGACUAUAUGCAGAGUCAUUCUAGUCUUCUGUCUGCUACAUUACCGUGGAGAUGAAAACAUCAAAAGCUUCAUAUGGGAGCUGAUCACUCCUGCAGAGAAUGGCCAGGAACAAAGUACCCUCCUCAACCACUCUGGCCUGUCCAUUCCUGUGCCCCGUGGAAGAAAGGGGAAAAGAGUCAAGGCUCAGAGUUCUUUUGAUGUGCAAAAGGCGGAUUGGAUACGCAAAUAUAACCCAGAUACUCUUUUGCUGGAUGACGGCUAUCGCAAGCAUCUCAAACACCAGUGUAACAAGGUAUUGCUGCGAGUACGUAUGCUGUACUACCUGAAGCAGGAAGUUAUUGGAGAACAUGUCAAUUCUAUACUUGAAGGGGCUGACAGCAGGGAAAUUGACAUUUGGCUGCCUGAAAUGGAACAACAGGAUGUCCCAUCAGGCUGGUGGGAUGCAGAGGCUGAUCGAUGUUUGCUUAUUGGAGUGUUCAAACAUGGAUACGAGAUGUACACCACAAUGCGUGCUGAUCCCUGUCUGUGUUUCCUGGAGAGAUGUGGUCGCCCUGAUGACCAGGAAAUAAAGGCUGAGCAGCAUUCAGCAGAUCCAGAUUUGAGAGAUGGAGGUGUCUAUGAUAGAUUUUCAGAGGAUCCAGAAUUCAAGCCUUUAAUGAGGCACAGCAAAGAAGUGUUUGAAGAGACUGAUCCUGGCAACAUGGAUGAGCUCUUUGUGGAGGAUCACUCAACAUAUUCCACUACUGUGCCAGUUGAGGCACAAUCCUCAGGUCCAAUGGGGAGCAGUUUUUGGCCAACAAGCUCCUCUCUCACAGCUCGAUUACGGAGGCUAAUCACAGCAUACCAGCGUAGCUACAGACGAGAACAACUCAAGAUGGAGGCAGCAGAAAAAGGAGAUCGCCGCCGCCGCCGCUGUGAACAGGCCACCAAGCUUAAAGAGCUUGCGCGACAAGAAAGGCAGCAAAGGUGGACUCGUAGAGAAGAGUGUGAUUUUUAUAGGGUAGUGUCUACCUUUGGUGUGGAACGUAUAAAAACUGAGUUGGAAGCCAAAGAGAGCAGCGAGGCCAAACUGGACUGGACACGUUUCCGUACAUAUGCGAGACUAGACAAGAAAACAGAUGAGAGUCUAACCCGAUACUUCCAUUGCUUUGUGGCUAUGUGUCGCAGGGUCUGUAACUUGCACCCUGGCCAUGGAGCAGAAUCUCCAGACUUGGCCAAUUCUUUAGCUCCCAUUACUGAGGAGCGAGCCUCACGAACACUUUACCGAAUAAGCCUCUUGUCCCGCCUACGUGAGCUUGUCCUUACUCACCCAUCUCUAGAGGAGCAUCUUGCCCUGGCACCACUCAGCUCUGAUCUACCCAACUGGUGGAGUACCCCACAGCAUGAUCAUGAACUGCUUUUAGGUGCUGCCAGGUGUGGCGUAAGCCGCACAGAGCAUUUUAUAUUUUCAGACUCAAAGUUCUCGUUCAUUCAAGCCCGUCAUGAAUAUGUCCAGCAGCAGCAAGCAUGCCUUGCUGCGCAAACCCUCACACACAGCCCACUACACCAGGAAGACAUUGUUAGAGAAGUCAAAAUUGGUGAUGAGAGCCAAGUUUUGGAGUCUAUUUGCUCAUCAGGGCUUCCAGGUAUAUCAUUUUCGCACUCUGAUGGCAAAAGGAGAGAACAAGUAGGCUGGUCCUGGGAUAAAAUCAGAAGUGGUGGAAGGAAACAAGGGGAGACGGAUGGAGUACCUUCAGACUCUGACUCCGAUUCUGAUUCUGAAUCAUCUACCUCUUCCCAUCGCUCUCCAAGUACAGAUGUCAGUGGGGACAGUGAUGCAGAGAGAGAUGAGCAGGAACCAGUGAAGAUCUGUGAUGCAGAUGAAGAGAACAGCACCCAUCCAUUCACUUCAUCUCAAGAUGGUGCCCGACCAGAAACACUAAGUGAUCCAGUCAGAGUUGACUGGCCUAAGGAUCGUGUAUUAAUAAACAGAAUCGACAACCUUUGUACUCUGGUUCUGACGGGGCACUGGCCAACUGGGCGACGAUAUACCUCAGAUCCUCAGCUUGCUCUAGCUUAUGAUGAGCAGGGUCUUGGAGAUGACUUGAGCCACAUGCGCACAUCCCGCAAAGGCAACAGUACCCUUUCUGGACAGGAUGUAGGAGAAACAGAAUUUACUGUCAAACUCUUGAAAGAGGAAGGACUGAAAUUGACCUUCUCCAAACAAGCUUUAAUACCUAAUGGAUCAGCAAGAGGGACAAGUGUACGACGACGGCGCAAAGAUCAAGAGUCAUCAGAUACAGAAGGAGUACUCUGUACCCCUCGUAAGAGGGACCUGCCCAACUGGCUCAAAGAAAAUCCUGAAUAUGAAGUUGAGGGUGACAUGCUAGAGCUGCUGGUGAACAGGACCAAAAGGAAAAGGAGAAAAAAGAGAACAGAAAAGGAACCAGCAUCAACUGGCAGCGAAAGGGUUAAGGUUAUAGACAUGAAGACUGGCAAGAAGGUUCAGUAUGGAGGCGUGUAUGGACCUGCACUGCAGGACCUAAAGGAGUAUCUUGAAGAGCAUCCUGACCAUGCAGUAGCACCAGAAUGGGCAGACACUGUUCGCAACUCGGGCUUCCUGCCAGAACAUUUCUUCCACCGACUGCUGACUCUGCACACCACAGUGUCCAGACAGAGCCACAAUUACCUUAUCAACCCUUCAGCCCAAUCUGACACUCAUGUAGAGGAUGGUGAAAAUGAGACACUGGUUUCUGAUGGGGUUUAUAUCAUGGAUGACGAAGAUCUGGACAGUAGUGCUUUUACUACUUCACACCACUUCAUAACUUCUGCAUAUAAUACCAAGAUGGAGUCUAGUUCUUUUGAUAUGGACAAAGAGCAUGCUGGGUCACCAAUUGGAUAUGAUAGCUCUGAUAGAGAGGCUAUUUUGGAUGAUGUAAUUAUGGCACCAAAAAAUUCUGAUUCUUCCUCAUGCUCAGAAGAUUGACCAGAUCUCAUUCACCUGAGAUCAUAUAAUUAUUUUAUUGUGUCAGCCCCCCAAUUUUUUUUUUUUUUUUUUUUGUAGCUGCUCAUGAAAAAUUUCAAGUUCUUUUGUUUUUGCUGAUUUUUGUUUUGUGGCAGCAUCAUCAAAUAAUUUAAUAUGUAUGAUUACCCCAUCAUGCUGACUUUAAUCCCAAUAAAUUGUGUGUACUCCUCAUAUGUUAAUCUGUUGUUCAGCAUUCCCUUCAUGUUCUGUGACUGUGGGGAACCUCUGGCUGGACUGUCUGUGGAAUGGCUUGCUGAAGAGUUCAUAUUUAUAUUUUAAGCUGAGCCACGGUGGUACCUCAGUCUGUUUUAACCGUGCCUAUGUCACAAAGAACAUGGCUUUAAUUUUUUUUUUUCAGUGAGUACUGCAACCAAGACUUUUUGAUGUAAUGUACAAUGUAUAGUUGGUAAUAUUAAUGCGAAAAUAUUCUUUUUUUUUUUUUUUUUUUUGAUGAAUUGACUCCAACUGUCUGAUGUAAACAUGAGUAAUAAUCUACCAUGAAA